AUGAAGACUUCCUUACAAGCCAUUGCAAGCGAUUCCUCAAAUACCCAUGGAUCAAGUACCCUAGGAUCUAUAGAUGAUUUUUCAAAUGAUGACUACUCUAAAGUUAAAGGUCCUGAAAAAAGAGGGUAUAUCAUAUGUGUUGGAAGGAUGCCUACUGUAAAAGAGAAGGUUGUUUCUUGUUCUAAUGAUCCGAGUGUCGAACAACUAAAAAUUAUGGUGAACGUUAUGGCAAAUAUCAUCCAAGAACAAAUCCCAAAUGCAAACUUGUCUGGAAUUCUUAGCAAUAUGAACAUACAGAUGCCAGGCAGCACUUCUAAAGUUCCACGCAACUCUAAUUCAGUUAACUAGAGAGCAUCUUCUGAAAGUCAUCAUAAUUAUGGUAAUCAUUUUUAUGAGCUUUUGUCUUUCCUUUGUUCUUAUAAAUAUAGUUUAUUUGUGUUGAGUGUUAUAUUAUUUAUUUUCUAAACUAAGCCUUAUUUCACUGGAUUCUGGAUUUACUUUGUUUGUUUUUUGACAUGGAAUUGCUAGCAUUGAUUCUAGAGUAUGAGAUAACACAAUUUAUUCAAC